ACGGCAGUACGUACGUGACUGCAGUAUAGUACGGCAGUACGUGACUAGACCAUGUAGACUGCAACCAGGAAGUGGUCGUCCGCCGUCGUUUCCGUCCGUAUGUGUGUAACUUGCCGAUAUUCUACAAAAAAGUACAAAUAUUUUUAGACUUUUAACGGAUGCUAGACGUUUACUUUGAACAACAGACGUCAUUAUUCAUUUUGCAUCCAUCGUUCGCUGGAUUUGUAACCAUGAAUACGGGCAUGACGUAGAUCCUGAGGUAGGAAGUCAUUAAGGCGGAGUACCAAGUUUUAUCAAUCAUUGGAAAGUUUCAGGAUGUGAAUCGUCACACAAUCCCAGAACACAGUGCCGGUUUACACAGUGUGUCGACCGUAUUCAACCAGGAAAACAUUACUGGAGUGCUAAAAAUAGACUUAUUGGAAUACCCAGGAUCAAGUCAUUCUCGCAUAUAAAGGUAUGGACCAAUACUCCGCUUGACAAUGGCCAGGCCGACAGAUCUGCGACUGAACGUAUCAAAUCAGAGAGAAUCCAAUAUGCCUCCAGUACCAGCAACUUCAUUCCGACCAUAUGGUGGAGAUUGUGUGGAUGCCCAGGGCCUUGACUUCUACUAUGGAAAAAUUGAAAAUACACUGGUUGAGGAACUCUUAAGACCCCACAUGGAGUCUAGAGGGUCUUUUCUUCUCCGAGACAGCAACACUGAACCUGGUGUUAUCACAAUAUCUGUGGUAGAUAAUCCCCGCCACAUCUACCACUUCAAGAUCAACUGCAGGGGUCCCAACGGCGUGUAUGAAGUCACUGAUAAACUCCGUUUUGGCUCCCUGGAAGAUCUCAUCAAGUUUUUUCACUUCAAUGACGUCCCAAGCAGAAACAUCGCUGACCUGAAACUUGUGAAUCCAAUCCGCUUCAGAAGUACCCCCCGCAGCCCACAGCGGAGCCCUCCACGGAGCCCACCCAGAAGCCCUCCCAUGGAACUAAGAUCACCGUCUCGCCCACCCCGUCCACCAAGAAUUAUAAGUCCCCCAGCGACAAGGGAUCAAGACAGAUUUCUGGAUUCAAGGGCCCCAGUUCCCAUCCCUACACCAGGAACAGAACCGAUAUACAUCUAUCAUGACCACGUUUACUGUCGGGCUGAGGAUCUCCAGAAAUCACGGAUAGAUGAGAUCAUGGAACUGUGCAAGUUGUCAGAUCAGAAGUACAAGAAGUGCACCUGUGGUUUGUACAUGGAACAGUCCAUACUGGUAGAAGAUUGGAUGAUGCAUAUCGAUAGACCAGCUGGUGAUCAGGCAGAAAGUGGGCGUGUCUUCUUUGUGAAUUCAGUCAGUAAUCUUACACAGUGGGAGUUACCAGAGAGAGUUAUGUAUCAACUUAACCAACAGUAUCCUGAAAAAUACAGCUUUGUGCAGAAACUUUUGCAGGAAGGCAGUAAUCUUUAAAUGGUUGAUCAGUUACGAACAUUUGUAAAUAUGUACAUACAUUGUAUAGAAAUUGCCAUACUUGUACCAAUUGCAUGUUAUCAUGAUGUGUUCGGCACAACUCUAAUGAGACAUGUCUGGUCCAGUUGACACAGGGAAUCCUUUGCAUUCAAUAUAACCCUUUGGUGCUCAGAUUGUUUGGAUUAGAUCCACAUUUCUUGUGCAGUCGCUCUGUGCACCAACUGCGGUUAAUGUGUGGGAAUUUAAAUUAGAAAUGUUUUGUAAGUUUAUGAUUUACCUGGCAGCUUACGAUGGCUUGUUAGCUGCUCAGUGUUGGCUUAUUACUUAUAAAUUUAAACAUUUUAAUUAACCAUGUGUGACAUAAUGAGUAAAGACAUCGAACUAACAAACACUUGUUGUAAGAACAUGACAUUUACAUUGACUGUGUACAUAGUAUUUGUCAUUGUACAUGAUUCUUUGGGAUUAUAGACUGAUUGUUAGCAGUUUUAUUUGAUCUCAUUUUGUUCUACAACCAGAAGCCAUUUGGGCUUUAUCCAGUGAUAUAAGUCCUCCUUCAGUUACAGAAGUUCCUAUUUUUUUUCUCUGUUAAAUGGCAGAUAACACUUUCCCUGCCAUGUCAGAUUUUGACAUUUCUUGCCCAGUCUUUACUUUGAAGAACAAUUCUUGCUUCCAUUACAAGAAAGAAGUGCAUGUAAUAUAGGCCCCACUUACAAUGACUUAUAUACUGUGUUUAUAUACUGUACAUAAACAUGUCUGUGUAUGGUUUUUUACUUCAGAGUAUGUUUCAUUGUGUCCGCUUAAACAGUUUUUUGUGUAAAUUCUGUAUGUCUAUUGGAUGGAUAAUGGUCAGCGACUUUGUGACAAUCCUUUACAAGUUCAUUGUGUAAGAUUCAACAUCCAGGGUUUAAUUUUGGUUUAUUUGCAAAGUACAGUUUCAUACAUGUCAUAAUGUUGGGGAUACAUACCAUCAUUGUCAUGUAACUUAUUGCAGGUAAUUACAGUACUGAAGCAUGUAUAGUUCGAGAGUUUUCAAAAUAAUUUAAUAAAAAUGUAACUUCAAAGUCCUUUCUUUUCAUUACUUAUGCCUUAAUUAUUCUGGAGUGCUGUUCUACAAUUUGCACAGCUUGUAAUAUACAUGUACAUGUUCAGUGAGUGUACAAUGUGUACAGGAUAAACACGAGUAAAUGUGAUACAUCUCUGGACAUUUAGUUAAAAUGUUGCUUCUGGACGUGUCUUUGGGUAAACAUUUUGUUGCAGAACAUACUAAAAACAAUUGACAAUUAAGAUCAUUGAUAAUUAUAUUUUUGUUGAGUCAUAUUGGAAAUGGAAAUUUUAUUUUUACAAAUCUGUUGUGUGCCAUACUUGACAACUCUUAAUUUCGGCAUGCAUAUUACACAUUGAUUACACAUGUAAAUAGUAUUCCUGGUGUACAAUGUACGUACAUUGCUGUAUAUUCAGAAUUAACAUUUUGUGGUAUCUGGAUUACCAACAGUAGGUGCAUGUGCAUGAAUUUUAGUAGGAAUUUGUAUACAUGUACUCUUGCACUCUUAUGAGGUUGUUAUCAAUCUUCGUAAACAUGCUUUAUAUCAUUAUCAGCUGAUAUUCGGGAGCUAGCUUCCAUAAUGAUGUUUUGUAAAGUAACUUUAUGUUGCCUUCAAAUAUUUCCAGGCUGAAACCAAGUGGUUUUUUUUUUUUCAAGAGAUACAUUAAUGGAAGUAUCUGGGUAAAUAAAUGGACAUUCCUGUACUAAUUGAGAGUUUAUCUCAGUGCUGUA